AUGUCAACUGGGACUCGUAGACCCAGCAUUUCUCGUUUUCCAAGUGUUAGUUUUAGCAAACAGUCCAGUGUGAAUUCAGAUGGUUUCUUCGAUGAUGCAGAUGGUGUUGAUUCUGCACGAGCGCACGAUCGACAAGAAGAAGCCGAGAAAGGUUCCGCAAUCUGGAGUACCACGAGGAGAAAGCUUACUCUGGUGUCUUUGUGUCUUGUCUACUUUGCAGCUACGGCAUCAUUCGCAAUUUUGUCUCCAUUUUUUCCCAGCGAGGUAAAUAAUGUUAUAAUGACUUCUGUUUUAAAUCCCGUACUCAGCGCACUGAACGUGCCGGGAUACUGCAAAACGUUCAGCAAAGUCCUUCCAAUUACUCAAAAUACCAUAACUUCUAACUUCCACUUAGUGUCGUUCUAUUAGUAUUUUUGAAACGUCGCUUUAUUGUGAAACGUGUAGUAAAUCCCUUAAUUUUUUUAAAAUAAAGUUUUAAAGGUUUAAGGAAAGGGGGGAAGGGGGGGCGGGGUGGUCGACCAAUAUUUGGGUAUAGGUGUGAGCCGCUUAGGGUUUGAAACUCUGACCCUGUUUAGGGCAAAAAAUUCCUAAAAUUCAUACUCUGGUUAUAGGACAAGGAGGUAUAAACCAUACCCUGUCCAGCGGCACGUCCCCCCAUAGGCCACGUUAAAAAAUUAAGGGAGCACCUCUCUGGAGUGUCCGUAAUUGUGAUAAAUCUCAAAGUGUACUUCGCGUUAGCCUCCCCCGCAGACAUUCUUAGGGAUGCGUCAUGCAUUCCUGCCCCACGAACAGGAAUGCGUGACACACCUCUAAGAAUGUCUGCAGGGGAGGCUAACUUCAUGUUGGCCUUAGUUGGAAUGCCACUAAAUGAAAAAAAAAAAAAGAUUGUGGUGGUCCAACUCAAUUAUGAGCAAAGGCUGUAUUCUCAGGUUUUUUGUAACACUCGUUUAUAACUGAACAAUGCAAGGCAGUAGUGAUGUCCCUAACAAUUUCGUUACUGGUGCAUGCAAGGUCGGUAAAUCCAUUGUUUCAGUAAGAUUUUCAUAUGAUCAAAGUAUGUGAGUUUUGAAGGUACAUAAACCCAUGGACUUGUAAAAACAUGAAUCAUUAAAGGUAAAGUCAACCCUCAAAAUUAAAAUUUACUUUACAACCUGUUCAGUACCCUAGCAUUCAGGUAGGGUUAGCCUUAUGGAAGGGUAACCCUGCCUGCCUCGUAAGCACCCUCAUAAAAAAAAAUAAUAAAUGUGCUACUGUGCAGGUAACCCUAGCACCAGGGACACCCUUCCUCCUUGUAAACGAGAUGAGUGUCCUUGUAGAUGGGUCAGGGGUAAAAUAUGACACAACGUUUCGCCUGGUGACUCUUAAUGACUUACGUUUGAUGAUGGGUGACAGUAAAAAAAAGUGAAAUCUUAGUUUGUGUACUGAAAAAGUAUUUGCUGGGAACUCUAUAUAUUUAGCUUUUGAGCUUCAGUAAUUCAUUAUUAUUGGAAAACAGAGAAAUAUUUGGCAACUGGGAUUGCAAUGUAUUUCUGACUGAGAAAAUGGGGUUUGAGUUACUGGCUCCGGGAUUUGCCCACACAUUUUCACCUCUUGGACUGCAGAAUUUGAUGUAAAUUUUGAAUGAUAAACUGAGGACUGAACAAAAUAUAUACCCUUCCCUCCCUAGCUUCCCUUGUGAAACAGUGAUAACAUGUUUAUACUGGUGAUAUACAUGUCUGCUGACUUUGUAUUGCAGGCUCAAGAGAUGGGUGCAUCAGGAACUAUGAUUGGUCUCAUCUUUGGUAUCUAUCCUCUCGUGGUCUUUCUUGUUGCACCAUUAUUGGGAGUGUUUGUAAGUGAACUCUGUGUGCAUUUUUCAUUGGUAAAUCAUUAGACUGUAAGUGAUCUAAUAGAGGCCUGGCAUUUUCUUUUAACUUUAUGGGUCCAACUAGGGGCUGUUUAGAAGGUGGGAGACGUUUGAAAGAGAGAUUUGUCUAUGUUCAUAUAUUAAUUAAUUAUCGCGAUAACAAACAAGUCUCUUUUUUAUUGUAUAAACUCAACAAAACUAAUAUGUUUUCAUAGGGGGGGGGCUUGUAUUAGACAAGGGGUGUUUAUAAGAGAGGGGUGUCGUAGGAGGGGCAUUUAUUAGACAAGAGGUGUAGUGGAGGUCUGUUAGAUCAUUCACAGUACAUGUACAGGUUGUGUUAUUUUAUGUUAAUUUUUUUGGCAGAGACCCAGAGGCAGUUUUAAAAAGGAUGAUUAGAGGGGUAAUUUGAUUCAGUAAUUUGUUUUCUUGUACCAAAACAGUAAAAUGACAAUACCAGAAUACCAACUGGAAUGAGAAGUACAAAAUAUACCGAAGUAGUCAUUGCUUUGUUUUUUGUUUUUAUUUUUUGUCCACAAACUUGCUCACCUGCAACAUUGAAAACCUAUUUUCUCUACCUAAACCUUGUGCGGAACUUGUACUGUAAUAUUGUUUCUACUGGACAUCUCAUUUUUAUUUCUUUUUUAAUUACUUUAGCUCCCACAAGUUGGUCCAAAGUUCACAUUGACAGCAGGGUUGUUUCUUUGUGCUGGGUCGCAGAUAUUAUUUGGGUAUUUAUACCAGUAUUCAUAUUUUUUUGCUGUAAUGCCUCAGCAUUAAAGUGUAAUAAGUUAAUAUAAUCUGUAUUAUAGAAAGCAAGCCCUUAAUACAUGACUGAUUUUUUUUUGUAGAUUUGUGUCAUUGCUUCCAAAGGGUGAAGUGUUUGUGGUGUUUUGUUUUAUUCUCCGUGUUGUGAUGGCUUUUGGCGGAGCAGCAGCUGACACGGCUUCAUUUGCUAUUGUAGCCGGAGAAUUUGGUGCAAAGAUAGGAGUUGUAACGGUGAGCUAUAAAUACAAAACUACAGACAUGCAACAAUACUCAAACAAUAUUUUAGACACGUUUAUUUCAUUUUGUUGUUUAUGUGUUUCUGCAUUUAGUUUUUAUGGUGGCCAAUACACACAGACCACACCCGGCAUGCAUUGUCCAAAUUCUGUUGUCUCUAAGUUUGCAGGCAACAGUGGUGAGAGCAGUUGCUUAUUUGUUUUUUGUGCUUUGAUUUUUCACCUGUUAGGGAGCAAUGGAGACAUUUACUGGUCUUGGUUUCAUGUUAGGACCACCUCUUGGGGGAGUUCUUUAUUCUGUGAGUUAUAAAUCUGUUUUAUUUUAUUGACUGUUUCACUUACUUUUAAUUUUAGUGAAUUGCACAAUUAAGUCAUCUCACAUGAGGAUGUAUUAUUUUACUGGGAGAUCAUUAGGGGGUACUAUGGAGUGUGCUUUUCGGGGCAGGGGGGUGCACAUUAAGUAAAAAGUAAUGGUAAUGCCCAUAAAGAAUAGAAGUUAUGGUGUGUGCACAAGACUCAUUUGGACUCCUCCAAUGAAAAAUUCCUGGAUCCUUCCCCAAUGAAAAACAUUGUUGGAAAGUUUAUUAGCAGUAUUGUGUUGUAUCUUUUUCUUUCUUUUCUUCCUCUGUUUUUGGCAAUACCCUCCAUUUUAAUUAUUAUUGUUGUUGUUGUUGUUGUUGUUGUUGUUGUUGAUGAUGUUGUCAUUGUCAUUGAAUGGUUUAGUUGCUAUUGAUCCUAUUUUUUCUUUAAAAUUUCAGGCAGGAGGGUUUAAACUGCCCUUCAUUGUCAUGGGUAGUCUUCUUCUAUCAAUUUUACCUGUGGUAUUGAUCAUUUUACCAAGAGAUGAAAGUAAAUACAAAUCAAGAUCUAGCCUUUACUUUACUUAUUUAUUUAGUGAGCAUGUACAUUAUUAUUAUAUUUAAUACAUUAUUAUUAUUGACAUGGACUAGCAUGCAUUUACCAGCCAAGGUGCUUGUAAGUGUCUGCGAAUACUAUUAUCUAUAAAAUGCUUUUAAAUUUGAUGUUUAUACCAGCCCUGAGCUUUCAAGUCACAGAACCUCGAUAUAAUGAAACCUUGUUAUAGCAAACAUUGUUUGUCAGUCCUUGGCCCUUCGUCAGUUAUAUUGAAGUUCCACUUGUGAAUGGAUGCAGAGCUUUUAUGAUAGCUUUUUGUUAAGGUGAAGGUUUUCGAAAGCACAUCAUUGUUGGGUGCCUUUACUUUACAUGUAUAUCAUAUCAAUGGGUUUCCCUGCAUCUUAGUUCUUCAUUCCACACUAAUUAUGAUACCCCCUUGCCCUAUAGAGUAGGAGCCCUUCCUAACAACAACAGUUGUUGCAAUGGUGCCUUAUAACUAACAGCUGCUGAAAUAAAAAAAAAUAAUAAUUAAGUACGUGCUCAGUAGUGAAUGCCAUAUUUCCUGUUAGUUUUUGAGUCUUUCACCAGAGGUAACUAAGCCAAUUUAUUUUACUUGUUGCUUUUCUUGUCUUUUUAGAUGUAUUUAGAGAAAAGAAAGGUUCAUUAAUUCAAGCUGCAAAGAUCCCAGGAGUCGCCGUGAUAGGUGUAUUUUGCCUGCUGUUUUGUCAAAGCCAUUAAAGAAGCCUAUUCAUGUGGUUACAAUACAGCGCUUGUUCGCGAUUAAGAACUGUUAAAGGAAAUAUAUGUUGGGUGUCCUGUGUGUGCAUCAUUAAUAGGCCAUGCCGAGUUGCCUUAAGCCUCUGUUUCAAAGCGAGGCUCAGUGUGAAGCCAUUGAUAUGAAGAUGAUAUUUUAUUCUCAUGCAAAUAGAACUCAUUUUAACAUUAAGCUUUUGCACCUACACUUAGCCUUGUUUUUAAAGUGAGAGUUUUUGUAACUCGGAAAUGGCCUAUUUAUAAUGUAGGUGCCCUGUGUACAUGUGGUGUUACCAUUUAUACAUGCAACUACAUGUAUUCGAUCUUUGACAUGUAAGUACGAGUCAGUGCAAAAAGCGGCCUUUCAUUCACCACGCAUCCAGUCUCUCUCUGUUCACUAGCUACACAAGUACAGCGUAAACGGCCAUUUUGACUUAAGCUCUGCUAACGCGCCCCCAUUUCUUUUGCCAGAUCUCCACUGUCAUUAUUUUUAACAGAAUUGUUAAACUGUUUUCUUCUUUCCUUUUUUCCCUAUUAUUUUGUUGCAUUCAAUUUCUGCUCUUGUACUUUUUUUUUCCAGGAUUUUGUAUUCUUGUAUCGGGAAUAAUACUUAGUUUCCUGGAUCCAACAUUCGCACCUUAUAUGAAGAAAGUAAGUAGUGGUUCGAGGAAAGAAAACAGAAAAAAAGGGAAAAGUCAAAGAAAUGAAAGGGAAAUAAGACACAUUAAGGGGGGGCGUCUUGAUUCCUUCAUCCCCCUUUAGAUAACAGAGCCGGCCCAAUCUUGCAAUAACAAAAGAAAUGGUUUUCACUCCUGGGUUAGAGUUCAAAGUCUCGUUUAUCAUAAGUUUUGAAGAACUUCGGUGAAUGGGGCAUGGGCUUUUCGUCUCUACCACCAAAAGGCAUUGAAAGGUUCAACGGACGAAGGAGAAAGUAUCACACCUACAAGUACGUUCGCAAAAGCGAACGUCUAUUUCUCGUCUCUCUUUUGAACUAGUCAUGUAUCCCUGUAAUUCUUUAUAUGAUUAGAAAUAUCUUUUAGCAAUAUGUGCAGUUUUGUGCCCUUGCAACGUAAUCCUCAGUGUAUCUUUUUACCUUGUAGCGAGCUGUUAUAUACUGACUAUUUUGUUUUCUUUUAGCACCGUCGCUUUCCCUUAUAACGUUUCCCUUGUAUAAUGUUUUGUUCCUUGAUAGCAACUCUCUGUACAAGACAUGACUUUGAACAGUGUCAUUUUUUCAGCUUCUUCUACAGUUCGACCUUUCUAAAAGAGUUAACUUUGUUUCCGCGUUCCUUCAGAUCCGUUCUUAUCCUUCUGUUGUCAAACAUAUUUUUCUUUUGUGUGGUAGUUUGGUCUGGGUCCUAGCAAAGUCGGAUUGCUGUUUUUACUUGUUGCGGGAUCUUAUGCGAUAUCUGCUCCUGUGGUUGGGUGGAUAUGUGACAAGACGGUAAGCGACGUUUUAAGUUAAGUGACUUCCGGCUAAAUGUGAUCCACAUCGAAACCUCCUUAUCAGUGGAAACUGAGGUCCGUCUGUCGUUGUGUAGGUUUGGAGUAGGUUUGAUGGCUUUUUGCCUCUACCGAUCUCGACUGGAAUAACAUCGCACACAAGAUUCGUCAUGCCAUUGUUUUUUUGCCCUUGUUCUCACCGCAGGCAAAUUAAGCUAGAGUGAUAACAGCAGUGAAAAAUAAUCAUGGCAAUAUUAUUCCGUGUUUAUGUCACACCCUUCCCUCAUCGUUUACCUCAGCUGCUCGAGUUGUACUGCAGAAGGUUUUCCUCCCCACAACAACCCUCAGCUACUCAUGCGAUAAUAGGUUCCUAACUAACGCAUCAUUAAAUUCGAUCCAUAUGAAGUAGAAGCUCAUUUAAGUGAAAGUUAAUAUUUUUCGGGCUAUACUCUAUGACUAGUAUUGUACUGUACGCCAGCUGGUCAUAACCAUAUUUACAUUUCGUCCGGUAAUUUUAUUUGUUACAGGGUAAAACUCGGUUGGUGAUGUUGUUAGGUGUGUUGUUCGUAAUCAUCGGAAUCCUUAUGCUCGCUCCAGCCCCAUUCCUGACGUUUCUUCCUCAGAGGUAAGUGUUCCUGUGGUUAUAUUGGAAUCCUUAUGCCCGAUCCAAUUGCAUGCGGUCCCUGCAUUUUAAACAAUUGUGUAAGCAAAUCAUACGAAAUUAGUGCUAGAAUUGCUUAGUUCACAAGGGAUCGAAAUUCCAUUAUUCCCUGGCGAACUAUGUUUUUACAUGUAUAUUUUUUUUAAUAAUGGUGUAGAGAAAAACUGUAGAAAAACUAACGAGAUGAUGUUCCUACGUUUCGGUGACCUGGUGAAGCAAUUAUCGAGGAAAUGGAAAUAAAUAAAUGCGAGCUCGUAGUUUGUAUAAAUGAAGUAGAGCUUGACAAAGACUUUAGCAACAACUGAAUCUUUUUCAACUCGCCUUUAUUUUUUUCCAAUUCCUUGAUACUGGCGUCGUGAGGUCGCCGAAACGUCGGAACAUCAUCUCGUUAGUGUUUACAUGUUUAUAUUCAGUUAUUGUUUGUUUACAAACUUGUGUUUCCUUGCAGGAAGGUAUGGCUUGUAUGUGUUUCUAUGGCGCUGUUAGGUGCUGCUGUUAGUGCGUAUCAAGUGCCUUGUAUGCCAGAUAUGUUAGAAACAGCCAAGUAAGUGCUAUCUUGGCCUUACACAGGACAAUUCGUAAAGACGAUUUUCUGCACAACAGAGCGUUGCAACAUUGUUGUGACAUUGUUUUAAAUAGUAUCAACAUGGUUCCAACAAGGUUGUCAUAGAAAUCGUCGUUUCGAAUCGUUUUGUGUAACAUCACCUUCCAACUUCAAUGUACUGUUCAAAAAAUCGGGUAGAUAACCGAAAAAUCUGCUGAGUCCACCUUAAAGAGAACAGUCUCUUUAACCUGGCCUGACUUAACAGAAAUACGACCUUUUCGUAAUCUUAGUUAAUGAAUGAGGUUGUACUUCGUUACUUCAUUCAAUGUCGUUGAAAAGCCUUAUCCGUGAAAAAUGUUUGGUCGUCAUUUUUUAAAUCAAAGAGACUCGCCUAGAACUGUCCGCAGCGCCCAUAUUCCACGACUUGUGUUAUUAGGGGCGGAAGCAGGGGACGCUCCAAAACCCUCCUUAGAGCCCCAAGUCCCCAGCACAGUGCCCCAAGGGAAGUGGAUAAUACUGAGAUCUUUAUAUUUGCAUAUUGUCUUGGUCAAACUGCCUUGUUGUCCUAUUUCCCCUCUUUUCGACAUUUUCAUUCUUGCCUCGUGGCCGGUGGCUGGUAGCUUUCGUAAAAGAAGAGUUGUUUAUGUCAUGUAACAAGAAACGUGUCACUUUAAUUUUCUAUUUCCCGUUACACUUACAGUUCAACGCGACAGAACGUAAAACCAACCUGGUCUUCUUUUCAAAUACUUUUUAGGCAACAUGGAAUGCCUGAUGAUAUAACCACGCAUGGAGUUCUGUCAGGGAUUUUUAAUGCAACUGCAAGUAUAGGGUAAGAUGAUACAUGUGAUUUACACUCUCGGGUAUCCCAACAUACGGCCCUUUCCUAAUAGAAGCGACUGUAGUAUCACAGGAGUCACUGAUAAGCUAGUUACCCGUACAUUCACCCUUGACUAUGUCAGUCACUUAUUGAUUCCCUCAUUAUUGUUUUUUAUGAUUGUGUCAGUGCGUUUCUAGGACCAACAGUGAGUGGACUAACAGAGCAUUACAUUUCAUUUGAGUGGUCGACUGUGGUAAGUGAUCUAAGCACUGUAUAUAUAUAAGGCCAUCAACUCGUGUUAAUUAUAAUAAACUGCAUGUUGAGUCGAGAGACUGCUUACUGUUGGCGAUGUGUCUUUAAACGUUUAUCUUUGCUGUUUCGCUAGGAGGCAGCGUGGCCAAAUGGUCCGGCAGCGUAGAAGACUUAUAAGCUGUAUGUCUUGGGUUUAAUUCUCGCAUUGUCCACAAAUUUGCUUCCUUCUCCGGGGUCAUGAGUUCAACUCCUCGAUCACGCUUGCAAAUAUUCAGGUGGUUUGACUUUAUUACAUUUAAGUUACUUCUUUCAUUCGUUUGCUUGGGUCCAUGGCGAACCUUUAAGCCUUAAGCACAGUCGGGAGUUGCCGUAUAUUCAGUCUGUAUAUUUUUAUUAUCGACUGUAUGAGUAUUAAAAGUACGUUGAGUUUGAUCGUCCGGGUGAACGUAGUCCUGAAUAGGACUGUGUUUGUUGACAGUGACUGACGUUUCGACAACCUGUGUGGUAGUCAUCUUUAGAGUCAAAGUGAGUUGUACAGGGGCACCCAACGAAUAUUUUUCUGAAAAUGAGCCGUUAACUACAGAAAACCAAAAUUUAGAUGCUUUUAAGGCAUUUUCAAGCACUUUUCUGUGUUGCUGGAAAGAAUUUAUCUGUUCCUCACUCAAUAAAUUCUCGACCGCAGAUUUAAGACUUUACUUCCCAGCAGAACAGCCGAAACCUCAGUUCCCAGCCAGCAAAAUUUUCUCUGUAGAACAGAUAUUGUGAGGAACAGAUCCGUUGGGUGCCCCUGGUUGUAUCACGUCAGUUGAUGGUAUUAUACUCUGGUUAUUGAUCUGAUUGGUCAAUUACGUCGCGAUGUUAUUGGUCGUCUGUCAGUUAAGCCGUGAUGGUAUUUGCUAUGAAGAUUCGUGAUCAGUAAUUGGUGCGUUUCGAUCCGUCUAUUGUCACAGUUAAACAGUCGUCUGUUGUUAGUCAAAUUGUCAGUUCUCCAGUCGUUCUCUCGUAGUUAGUUUUGCUUGAUCUCGUCAAUAAGUCGUUUGUACGGCACUGGUAACUGUUGGCUACGAUUCAGUGGCAUUUGUUCUAAGUUAGUAAACCAGCUUUCUAAAGUAAGACGUUGAUAGUAGUCUGUGUAUGAGUAUCGUCCAAAAUUGUUGGAGUUUGGAAUCGUCCGUGAUGCUGGCGAUGGCUUUUCAUGAAAAUACACAUCUGCGAAACGAGCAAAGACCUAAUAGUCACCGACUGACUUUAAAGGAAAAAAAAAUUACUCCUCUAAAACCCUGGGCAUUCCAUUUGACCCCUUUUUUCUCUUUCACUCCGUAGGCUUUGGCUGGAAUUCUUGGAUUUCAGGUAAAUAGUUAGUUAGGAAAGGCAACCAAGCACGGCAGAUAAUGCUUGGAAUGCAAAUAGCUGAUAAUUUUUUUAUUAUUAUUUCAGGCUUCUAUUCUGGCUCUAUUUACGCUAUUUGACCAAGGACGGAAAAGGUAACAAGACUACCAUUCUUACGUAAUUAGCCCGUAACGCUGCAAAGUAGAUAUUUUAUAAGCCUGUGUGCUAGUUGAAUGUUGCUAAGGUUUCAAUCCCAUAUUGGUCAGUUCAACAGAGUUAGUGGAAGUGAUGCAGAAGCCUUUCCCCUCCCUCCUCCCCCGGUGGCGGUUAAAGGCAGGUUCCUAAAAUUAAUCAUAAUGCGUAAUGGAGAGCCCUAGCAGUCUGUUCCUCCCAUAACUUAGUUCCUUGUGACGGAGUAAUAAGUUAAUGAUGCAGGGGGAAUAUUUCCUUAUUGAAGGCGAGGACGUAACAGCCACUGAAAUCAACCUAAAUCCUUGCAAAGUAAGAAAAAAUGAGGUCUGUACCAUUGACAUCUACAGAACCUAUGUUAUUACUAUGUAAUUAUGCGUGCUCUACCAAGCUUGUUAUGUCAAAGUGACUGCAUGCGCAUCGACCAAGUUCCGUUUUCGCUUAUACGAGGUUCAUGAAGAGUACAAAAAGGACGAGAACAACAUCCAGCAAGCGUUUGUCAAUUUUUUUUUUGCUUGAACAAGGUGGGUAAUCCCGAAAGACCAAGAUAGGUUCCUCUUUCCCUUCAUGAUGCCCGUUCAUGGAGCUCAGCCAGCCAUAUCAUAUAAAAGCUUCUUUAAAGCAACAGUAUGAUAGCCUGUUGGUGGCAUGUUGUAGCGGUUCGGGCCACUAGCUUAUCAUCGCUUUUUCCGGAUGUAUCGUCUUGGACUAAGUUAGGACCUGUUUGCAUGAAGGUGCCGGUGACCGCAGGUAGGUGAGGUAACCCGCUUAGGUGGGGUAACCCGCGUUUCCGCUCUCAUUUUUAUUUGGGUUGACAAUAUUUUUAGGUGGGGUGACAACAUCAGAGAUUAUAUGGACAGGCAGCUUAUCCCACCUAAGCGGGUUACCUCACCUACCUGAGGUCCCCCACCUCCAUAUAAACAGUCCGUUAGUUUCUGUGUUAAGGUAAGCUUGCCACAUGUAUAUUCCUUAUGUAUUUGUUCACCCGCAGUAUUCGAAAAUAUAGCACAAGAAGAAAAGAACCUUUUGAAGAAGAUAAUCACAUUCAGGUAAAUGAAAAAAGUCUUAUUUCAUUUUCUAAAUGCACAAGCUACGCGUACUUACAUUAUAGCGUUGUAAGAGUCUUACCUCAUUGAAUAGCUCUAGAAUCGACCAAACUUUAUAUUAUAGAGUCAAUAAUAUGAGAGAGAAAUUUUCGUGAGGAAUUUCGGCACUCGGUAAAAUUUCUUUCCAACCAAACAACAAGCAGAUGAAAACAUUGAAAAGGUCCUGUAGAAUAAGUCUAGCAAAGCGCGGGAAAACAGGUAACGACGCGCGAGUUUCUUCCCACACCCUCCACGCAGAACGCGUUGUAAAAUAAGAGUAGGUCUUGGGGACUAUAUAGUAUGUCUUUUACUUUCGUCAAAACGAGUUUAUUUGAUGAAGUUAGUGUCUUCUUUCUGUUGCAGGCGUAAAGACUCUUCUUUCUCGGAACUUUUAUUCCUAACUCCUGGACUGGUGAUUUAAAAACUGAGGCUGAGGAGAAAAGUGUUCAUACGCAAACAGUUUUCAUGCGUCAUGGUCGUCGUUGUUAUGUUUUUUUUUAGCAGCAAUUCACAGUGUUCCCACUAAUAUUUUUGUCACGUUACACUGAGGUACUGAUCGCUAAACACAGUGACUAAUCAUAAUAUCGUAAAACCAUGCCACAACGUUAAACGACCCCGUCAUGUAUGUUUUUCUAGUUAUGAUGACGGACUUAUUUCUGUAAAGGAGUUGUAAAUAUAAAAUGAUUUGGUCGUUAGGAGAAGGUAUGAAAAUUUACUGCUUUAAAGACAACACUUCCCAUUAGUACGUGUACGUAGUAUACAGUCGAUUAUCAGAACACAAAGCCGUUUUAUUGUCUGUCAUAGCAAAACAUUUACGGGCAUCUAAGUAGAGUGGGAUUUCGUGUGCCAUGAAGAGAGAAUGUAAGCAAGAAUGUAAAAUAGUUGAUGUCUAAUAGCAAAUAUCAUAAUGGCUCUAUUUAUUGUAAAAUCCUCAAAAAUUCCGCUUCUUUCCCGUUGAAUGGAAAAAUGGUAACUUAGAGGAGGCUCGAUUUCCGACGCUUUGUAAUCAGAUUCCUUCCUGAGAAGCCUAGGCAAGGCAGGUGGUGUAUGAGGAGCUAUGACGGAGACUAUAUGGUGUGGUCUACCUUGCAAUAUAUUUUUGACACACCAAACGUCCACAUACACCACGUAACUCGUGCCAAAAAGAAGAAAGUUUGCAGGGAAGAGCGCAGACUCAUAGCUUGCGAAUACAGCCCUCUCUCCUUGCAUGCUAGCGGACUCCUUAAUUUCUGAACAGUGGCUGGUAAGCGGGCCUUUUCCUGGCUUUAAAGUAGUUUUCUGGAUUUUGGCCAUUUUCUAUCGUUUAAAAAAGGUGAACACACGCAGUAUGUUUCUUUUUUAGUUGUUUUCACUUUCAAAGCUUUGUGACAGUUUUAGGUAAGUCUGGUUUAAACAGAGAAUGAAGGCUGCAAUCGCUGGAAAAAAUCCAGCCAUUUGAACGAUCGCAACGCCGAUCAUAUGAGUGCCACUCUGAAGUUAACAUAUUGUAAAUGAACAGUUGUAAAUCUGUUAAUCAUGUAAUGAUUAGGUCUCGUAUGACCUUACAUCAAAUAUUUAAACAUAUGUUGUAUUUCAAGUAUAAACUGCAAAUGAAAAUAUUACAUCAACACUUAACUUAUUUAACAUAUCUACAAAAAUUAAAGUGAAAAUUUGUAAGUAAUGUAUGUAAAAGACUGUUAAUUAUCAUCCUUCGAGACCCAGGGGCAGAUAGUGGGGACGAGGGAAAGUCUAAACGGGCGGAAAAAGUGUGGCGCGAAGAAAAGUAAAGAACGGCGAGAAGAGCUCUUCUCGCCGUUCUUUACUUUUCUUCGUUCCAUAUAUAUUUUUCCGCCCGUUUAGACUUUCCCUCGCCCCCUUUAUCUGCCCCUGGGUUUCCGAGGAUGGUUAAUUAUUUGUGCAGACAGGCAGAAAACACUUUGAUGUAACGUGUUCAAACACAUCAUAGUUAAUUGAGUGGAAUGGUUAUGAAACCUGUCAGACUCCCUUGUUAUAUGUUUUUGUGGACCUGAAAGUGCACAACGUUCAAAAGAAUUCCUAUCAUUUUGAUUGAAUUGACCAAUAAAAACGUUGCAUUAAUUUAUUCCGUAACAAUUUGCCAACAGAAAACAAAGGGUUGUGCACUUUCAGGGUGCUUCCAACAUAAACUGCAGCACUGUUGUUUUUAUCAUUGAUGUUUGCCGCUUUUGAUAACCAGUCUCCUCUAAUAACUAUGAACACAUUUAGUUCCUUCAGCGGAAUCAGGAUCCGCGCAUCAUCGAAUACAGUAAGAACCCGCAUACAACAACUUAAUAACCGGGUGAAAUUUGGCUUUUAAAUACCCAAAAAUAUAAGAACCUGUUCAGCCUGGCAAAGAAAAAUAGGUUCUUAUACAAACAAUCACUCCAAUUUUGAUGGUCAAAAUUCCCCAUUUUAAUUUUGUGAGAAACUUUUGACCAAAUUCUUUGUGUAUACGUUUUCUUUGAUUUAGAAUUUUUUUGGAUUUUCACCAGAGAUAUGUUUUCCAUAAAGCUACCGUGUAACGUAGACGAUUUAACAUCUUCAUAUCUUAUUUAAAAAAUAUAGAAAUGUAUUGAUGUUCUUUUUGGACCUUGAAUGUUUGCCAUUAUGUAUUAAGGAAGAACCUUUUAAGAACCAAUCGUAAUCAGCCUGAAUUGGGGAAAACUACCCUAAAAUAUACGAACCUGUUCAGCCUGAUUUCGAAAAUUCUAGGUUUUUAUAUGUGGGUUUUUACUCAAGAGACUAUAAAGGGGACAGAGAGGGCAUCCCCCAUAUACACCCUAUUCCAUAGGUAAUUCGUCUUGAGUUAUUUUUAGAAUCGGGAUAAAGUUACCUCGCGCGAGGCGUGGAUGUUUCGUGGAGGUUUCGCAUGACCAAACGCCGUGCAAAACAUGUUGGGCGAGAGGCAAUGAAAGCGUAAAAAGAUCGAGAGCAUUCCUGAAUAUUCAAGGAAUCGCUGGACACUUUGACAACCCGUGAAAUCAGUUUAACUCGAAGUUGUCGUAACCUCAGUGCUUUAAUAAAAUGAGAAAUUUCGCCGGUCUAUUGAAACCGGUCGUUUGUACAAUUUAGGGAGUUUAAGAUCCAACGACGCGGACGACAACUAGAACGUCAAAAAAACAAUAGGUUUAAUUAGCAAAACAACAACUUCGCACGUGCAACACACUUUUUUGUUCAUUUCUUUCCCGUUUUUGCACGACUACGACGUGAAAAUGCCUAAUUUCGCGUUUUAUGGAGGACGUAAAUAAGCAACGACGAAAUUUUAUUUCUCUUUCUGAGCUUGAAUAUGGUCCCUUGAAAUUCAGCUUUAGGAGGGUUCGCCUACAAUUGACAAAGUAAGUGGGUAGGAAUAAUCGCUAUAAAGACUGAAAAAAAUAAACAUCAAACCAGAAAUUGCUCUCUUCAAACUGUAAAUUAUAAAUGAUCCUGAGAGAAUAUUCAGUGUGUUAAGGAUUUCCCUGCUCUACUGUUAGCUCUAUACAAGAGAGGAAGGGCGAUUCUUUUUUAAUUUCGGUUUCGCUGACACAGCUUUCGCAGAAAUCUCGCUGUAGUCGUUUUCGUCGACAAAAGGAAUAGCAAAAUCGCUGUCCGCGUCUUCCCCCAUUUUGUUCUGCGUCAUUUCGUGAAGGACGCGUGGCUCUCAGCGUGGGUCAUCCACGCGGAACACAUUCGCGCUAUGUGAUUGGCUGUUGUCUAAUCCCCCUUGGGAUCUGUGGUGUUAAAAAUAACUCGAGACGAAUUGCCUAUGGAAUAGGGUGUGUAUGGGGGAUGCCCUCUCUGUCCCCUUUAUAGUCUCUUGUUUUUACUGUAUUUGUAAGACACUUCACAAGAUAAAAAGCAAAAGAAUGAAAAUUUAUAAAGAAAGGAAAAUAAAAUGCAAUGCGUGGUGUUGUUUCCCUAAACAGCGAACCCUAGCUCGGUUAACCUGAAGGUUUAUGCGUAUUUUGAAUCAAGGUUUCCGUCCAUACCGACUUAGUGACAUCGGCAAUCGAAUCAGCAGCGUUUUGUAAACGCCGGUUUCUCAUAGUCGGUGUGGAAGGGUUAAAGAAAACUUUUGAGCGUUAGAUUCCGCGCGGAAUGUAACUGCCACCUUAUCAUUUUUGAAGACUUGUGGCAUAUCCGAAGUUACUUUUUUUUCGAGAAUUAACCGAUAUUCAAGUAUUUUUAAAAAAAUUAAAGAAUACGACCAGGGCUCCUUAAUACUACUUACCCAGUACAGUGUCUUUUGCUCAUAGCUUAAGGCUCCCCAAUGCAAUAGGGUUCUGUAAUCCCGUUAUCCUGACCAAAAGCUUCUUGCAAUCCCGUAAACCCGAGGGUUAAUUUUGGCAUCCCACCUUCCGCGCAUACUUUCAAUCCCGAAUCUCGCCCCGAUUUUGCUUUAAAAUCCCGAAUCCCAAGCUUCAAUAUAAGGGAAAUCCCGUAUCGCGAAAAAGCUAUUGUGGCAGGCGUCGAAAUAGAAGGGGAAGUGGAAAAAAGGGGGAGGGGAUUGGGGAGAGAAGGAAAGGGACCUUCCCUUUUAUCUUUCGGACUUUUCUCAGACGAAAAAGAUUCCAAAACGAGAAAAAUACGGAUAGGUGUGGAUAAGGCCUAAAUUUAUAAGAUAUUUCCAUUCAGGAAAACAUCAGCGACGCGAAAUGAUAAUCUUCAAGUUUUACUGCCUUUCUGAUACUGCAAAAACUACCACCUGAAACUGAUAUAAAAAAAAAAACACAAAUGGAGAGAAGAACUGAAAGGAAAGAUAAGUGGAUGUUAGAUUCAAGGUCAGGAAAAAACAUUUUGACUUCUCUACUUUAAACCUUUUGUUAUAGGCCCUACUUUAAUGUUAACAGAAAUUUUAUUCCGGAAUAUAAUUCAUUAUCUUGUUUUGUUAUGUUCCGUAUCAUUGCCGCCGCCCAGUUGGCUCAAUUGGAUAAGCGCCGGUCUGCCGAGCGAGAGGUCGCGGGUUUCAACCCCGGCCAGACGGAGGGGCUGGGCCACCACUCAGGGUCUUAGAAUAACUGAGGAGAAUGUGCUGCCUUUGUUGGGACAUCUAAAAAUGGUUAGACAUUCUAGUCUUCUCGGAUGACGACGAAAAACCUUAGGCCCAGUCUUACUUGCUUCGUUCACUGUUCUGAUUCUCUGUGGGACGUAAAAGAACCUACACUGCUGUUCGUGAAGAGUAGGGGUCGCAGACCCGGGUGGUUUGGUGCAACAUUUCAUGGGCUGGGUGGGUAAUGAAGGGGUUGAUAUCAAUUGGGACGUUAGUCCUGUUUCAUCCCCUGUCUCCGCGUUGAGACACCAUGAGAGUUUUUAAUUUUUUUUAGUGAAAUGUAGCUGCCUUCCGAUAUUAUCUUCUUCCCAAACGUUUCUUAUGCCCCUUAUAAGUCCCCCCGCACUCUCGUAUUUAAGUCGACCCUGAAUACGACCCCCUUACCCACUCCUCCCCCUUAAAAGUAUAUAAUGUAUAUUAAAGUGGAUUUUCAUGUAACUAUAUUCUAAUGCAGCGGCAUCCCUGAUACAAAAAUUAACUUUUUAUCUCUUUCCGUAGGUGUCAGCACUUUUUUUUGGGUGGGGGGGGGGGGGGGGGGUUGGGGCGCCCCGGGUUUUUUUGGGGUUUUUUUUUUUUCCUUUUCUUAAUAUACGGGGUUUUUUCUUUUUGUGGGGGAAAAAUUUUCAAACAAUUUAUGCCUUUUUUUUUUGGUUAUCCUAAACAUUCCUUUUUCUUUUCAUUUUCACCUUUUCUUUUUUUCUUCACGCCCUAAACCCCCCCCCACCUCUCUUUUUUUAAACCCGCCCAAAAACCCCCCCCCCCCCCCCCCCCCCCCCCAAAAAAAAAAUUUUAUUUAAAAAAAAAUUUUUUUUUUUUUUUUUUUUUUUUAGGGGGCCGCCCCCUCGAAAAAAAAAAUUUUUUUUUUUUUUUUUUGUUGUGUGUGGACUUUUUUUUUGGGGGGGGGGGGGGGGGAGUUGGGGCUCGCAAUUAAAGUGCGCUAUAAAAUGUCUGCUACGAUUAAAGUAUCGCCUAUCACAACGGGUUUAAAUUAGAGAAGUCAAAUGGUUUUUUCCUGACCUUGAAUCUAACAUCCACUUAUAUUUCCUUUCAGUUCUUCUCUCCAUUUGGGUUUUUUUUUUUAUAUCAGUGUUAGGUGGUAGUUUUUGCAGUAACAGAAAGGCACUAAAACAUGAAAAUUAUCAUUCCGCGACGCUGAUGUUUUCCUGAAUAAAUAAUUAUUUUUUUUUUUUUUUUUCUUGGGUGUGGUGUUUUUUGUGGGGGGGGGGGGGGGGGGGAGUUGGGGCUCGCUCGGAUUUUCCUGAGCUUUUCUUUUGUCCUGUACUUAAAUAUCAGGCUUUUUCAGAUUUUGAAGGAAGAAAGUUUUCAAACAUGAUCUGCUUAUAUAUUAGGCAUACCCUAAACUUCAUCUUACUUUGAAUUUCAGCUAAUUUCUUUAUCCACUGAUUCAAGUGACAUAUGUCUUAGUUCAAUCAUGUCUGUAUUCCACGCAAGACUAAACGACAAAUUUUAGAGUUGGUUAACUGUGUCAUGGGAAGAGUAUGCAUGAGCGGGGUCACAAUUUUGUGAUUUCAAUAAGCAGAUCUUUACAAGACACUUUCUAAAAAUGUAACACUUUACCACGUUGGAGCUGAGUUCAGAAGAGAGUUUGUGCACGUUACCAACUCUUUGGUUUGCAGUUUUACUCAGAUCGUACAAUAAAAUACACUAUUCGUUUCUCUUUCCACAAACAUGGUUUCUCUUAAGUUAUCCUAGCAUCUUAUUUUAACAGCCAUUAAAAGAAGUUAAAUUGAAAAGUAUAUCUGCAGUGUUAAAGUUCUUAAUUGAUAAGGCGCUUAAUCUGACACGCGGUUUAUUUGCCUCCCUGAUCAACGUGCUCAUUUUCCUGGUCGAGGAAAUGGCAAUGGCGGUGACUGAUCUUCUUCAUUGUGAACUGGUUUAAAGUUGAAUUUCCUGAAAAGUCUAAAUUGAAAAAAAAAAAAGAAAGAAGAGACAUGAUAUAUCACACCUCAGUUUCCCAAGUAAACGGAAAAAAAAAUACCUCAUGCUGUUUUACAUAAAACCGAUUCGAUGGGAGCCUGUGCCGCAGACAAAACUAAACUGUGGUUUAUGUCCGUUUACGAAACAGCGCCGAAAUCCUUGUUCUUGUUGCCCACCUGCGUAUCCAGGAUUUGAGUACACGCCAUGAUUGGCUGGGUUGAAAAAGCCAUUGUCGAUUUGCCAAUCAAGAUGAAAGGAAAUUCGAAACGUACUUCCGGUAAUUCGUUGAGUCCGUUGGGGCCACAGAACAAGAAUAUCGGCGCUGCUUAGCAGACGUUACUAAUCGAGGUUAAAUUUCAUCUGCGACGCAGGCUAAUUCGAUGGCAAAAUGAUAAAAAAGUCAACAAAUGGAUGAGGAACUAAUAAAAUUAAGGAUACAUUUUAAAAGGGUUGACCAUUUCAUUUAAUUUUCUAUCGCAUUGGUGGCGGGAUAAUCCUGCUGCCCCUAUAUCGUACGUUUCAGCCUUCUUCCACCAAUUCGACUUCGAUUCAUCGGUUUGUUGCUUUGGUUUGCAUUAAGAAUUUCACAUUUUAGAAAAGUUUAAAGGGGUUAUGUGUGUGUAAACGAGUUAUAUACUCAGGAAUUCUAAGAACCAAAAUAAAAGAAUUUGUAAUAGCAAUAGACAUUUGUUUCUAUAUUAAUUCGCCGGGUAGUGUUUUGAUACAGACUUGUACUAAAAUCAGCCAGACCAAACCGAAGAGCCAGACUUGUCGUCUGCCGAAGAGCUGAAAUAGCUGGAUGACCUCAUUGUUCUUUGUUUAUGCUUCGUAAAUUGUUUUCAUUAGCAUCAUUUAAAAAGGCCUUUAAAAUUGGGUUGGGCAUUCAUUGACGCGUUGGCAAGGAGAUUGUGAACGCCACGUGCUUUGCAAAAAAUAAGUUCAAUGAAAGGUUUGACAUUUAAUGCACUGGAACAUCACUUUGAAGCAAAAUUGAAUGUAAAAUGUUGCGUUAGGGCAACGAAUAACCAACUUAAUUUUCCAAGGUUAAGUAAGAGCAGUCUGACAGGGUCUUGGCAUGUUACCUUAGCGGUAUCAAGACAAGCUAAAAAAGAUAACGCCGGGUCCCUACAUAAAAACGCAAACAACGUCAUAGGGAGCGGAAUACGGUUUGGCGUGCACCAAAAUAUAUUUUGUUUCAAAAGUUGAUAUCCUAAAAAUUUUUUCGAUAAUCACGACUGGCGAUCAUUUUUCUAACUGAAAUCUUACAUAUUAAAAAAAAAAGAAAAUCAGUUUUUACCUUUUUUUUUCACCGACUGCUGGCUUGUUCAACAGGUGUCUAGGAUCGUUAUAGCUCGGUUCCUCUAACUGAGAUGACCAACUGUGUCUGGAGAUUGGUGCUUUGAUUCUUCUUAACUCCACAACUUGAAAAGCAGUAACCAGAAAAAGGCAAAGAAAAGCAAAGACAGCCAUAUUCUUCAUUGUAAAAAUCUUUUGUUUCAAGCUGUCCUUCUGUCGCCAAGAGUCGUCUUGGCUUGGUACUGUCUAACCGUAGUGCCACAGCAACGUUUCGAAAUGACCGUGACUUCUUAUGCCUUAUUUAUAUUCUAAGACGCAAUAUACUUAAAUGCACACUUGACAGACAAUAAGAUCAAAACCACAGAUCUUACUAGAAUUAUGCUAAACAAAACGACUAUGCACCUGGAAAAAACUCUUCAUGUUUUCUAGACCGUUGGUUUUGCGAACGGUUUUGUUGGUUUUGAGUCACGAACGACUAAGCAGUAGUUAUAUAAUAAUUUGCAGGCGGCUUAUUGUAUGAAAAAGCUGAGUCAGGCCCAUAGGCGAUUUAAAAUCCGGAGACCAAGUUCUAUAAUUGAUACGAUAGACAAAAAAGGUUUAAAAAAAGCAAGUGACGCGAAGGAGAACCACGAAAAACAACUUAGUUGCACAUGCCCUGUGGCUGAAAUUAACAAAGACGAAAGCACGUUGUAUACUUUAAAAUAACCCGGCGUCCCAAAUUAGUUAAUGAUUCAAUUUACCUUUUAUCCGAAGGCCAUAAGACUUUGAAUAAUGGAUAAAAAGUGAGCAAGCUUGGAUAACUUAGUAAACUGAACGAGUCGUUUGAAUCACCUGAAGCCGUCAAUGCUUAAUCGAGUAAAUCGAUUCGGACAAUAUAGAGGUAUCCGCAUGGUCUACUUGCACGUUUUUAGAGAUGAAAUAACAGUUUUGGUGCAGACAUCAGUGUUUUCGGUGAUGAUUAAAAUAACUGAUAAUAUGUUAACUGUCUAUGUCUACUUUUUGGCGCGAGUGCUCAAUGGGUGCUGGAGCAUAACCCAUAAUUGCCCGAGAACAAUGAAACUCAGUGAAACCGUUAUCUAGGGUUAUGUAAAACAAAACUGGGAAACGUUUAAGCGCUUUUAAAUCCUUAGAACUAACUUUUUCUUCAUUAGUCUCUAAAACUAUCAGACUUUCCUGCUGAUCGUUAAUUGAUACCUAGAAUACUCCUCGCCUCUUUUGUCAAGUGUAGAAAAUAUGGCUUUAUUCGAUGAUGAAUAAAGAAAAACAUUAGAGGGCAGUUUAGUUUUGCGGUUGGAACGGGUGUAACUAACGAAACAAAGUUAUUUUAUUUCAUGGUGAAAAUUUGGCUUUUACUUUCUAGAAACUGUAAAUAACGCCCUUAGACGUUACAAAUAUGAUCAGGCGUCAGAAAUAUUUGAGGUCAAAUUGUUUAAAACUGGGUGUCAACAAAUCUUUUGUGAUCACGAUUCAAAGAGAAUACCCUGUAUCUCACAACUGCCGUUUCUAGUGAAGCAGCGAAUAUUCUACAAAAGCGUGUGUGAAUUUUAGAUAACGUUUUUCGUCACUUUAUAAUCAGAUGAGAAUUACAUUUUAAGUUGAAUUUGUACCGAAGAGUUACUUCACAAAAAGAACAUAAAAAGAAAGAAAUAACCCUUUGUUGCAGGUUCGUAAGCGGCAAAAUUGGUUCUUUACAAGUUUCCAUGAAAUGUUUCAGUGUGGGACGCAGAAAAAAUUACUUAUACUUUUCACAAAUAAAAGGUAAGGCAUUUUGAAAGGAUCAAUACCUUGCAGUAUCGUUCGUUGCUCAGAAAUGGCAUGUAUUACGUUUUUCAAAGUCCUAAAACUUUUACGGUGGAAAGAAACCGGGCCUGGACCAAUUGUUCGAAGGGCGGAUUAGCGCAAUGCUACCGAGGGUAAAACUUUAAUCUGGGUUUCUUUUUCUUUAGUUCAAAAGCAUUUUUCAGGUAAUUUUGGUUAUCCUUUUUAGAGCAUACAAUCAUCAAACUGUAGACAGAAAGAAUUAAACAGAUUUUGCUUUUAAGCUUUCAUAUCUGAAUUCACAUUUAGCCCUAACCUUGGGUUAUCUUAACCCAGCUUUGAACAACCCAGCACAGGUAACAAAUUGAAAAGUUCAAAUCAAUACUAAGGAAUAUUUUCCAAAGAUUGUUCGAAAAUUGGUGAGAGUAACUACAUGUAAGCUCAAUUUUUCGUCUUCAACGGACAAAAGAAUCCACACUAUGCAUCAUGGGUAAUUAUCACAAUGCAUCAUGGGUAAUUAUGACCUUUCCGCAACUUCUCUUCUUUUACCAAAUUGGUAAAACGUAGGCAAAUGAUAUGUGACGACACACUGGCCGAGUCAAUUUUUUGACAUUUCUGAAGAAAUUUACAAUCGUUUUUUCAAUUUAUUAGACUGGAGAAGUCUCGAAUGCAGGCUAUAAAAGAUAGGUUUCAACUAUGCUUUAAUUUUUUUUUAACUUGAACACAUUUUCAAAUUAUGUUUUGUCAUUUACUAACCGUCGAUAUGACAGGUUAAGCUAAAGCUAAAAAUAAUAUUCCAGUAAGACCUUUGUAUCCCUUUUGUUCCUGAGUGCGUUUGUCACUUUUGUCAACUUUCCACAUCUCUGAAGAUAACUCAUUUUAAUUUUAUUAUUUUAACAGUAAGUUAAGGGGGCGAAGAGUCAAUUGAAUGUUUUCUGUGUUCUGUACGUUUUAUUACUAUUACAUUUUCAAUAAAAUCUUAGUUAAAAGAUUUUCUUUUUAAUUUAUUAUCUCCACGUGAAAGGAUAGUCUUUCAAAUUAAUCAAAUAUACGAUUUGUAUAUGUAGGAACAAUUUGAUACUCAUUCAUUAAAAUAAGAACAUUUUUUUAUGUUUUCGUUUUUUCUUUUAUUUUGUUUCCCAUAAUAUAUAUUUCUACAAAAUUUUAAAUCAGGGAUGAUUUGUUAACAAUGUUGAUUUUCUACAGGAAGCACUUUUUUUGCGUUAUUCAAUAUUCGACUUGUAUCUGCUUUAUUUCUAUUUUCAUUGUGAAUAAUUAGAUUUCUGAAUGAGCCUGUGUCAAAAAAAUUUACACGACUGCAUAAGUCCAAACAGAUGGCAUAAAUAUUUAACUUCAGCUCCGCGAGGAAAAGUCACAAUAACAAAUAUCACUUAACGACGCGGAAAGGGAACCAAACAGGGCGAUAAAAUACUGUUUGCACGUAUCACAGAUAUUCUGUUCAGAGAUUCAUUAUUCUCGAUAUCAAUACUGGGAAAAAAUAGUGUGGUGACACGAUGCCAUAAAAACAUCCUUUGUGAUAAUUACAAGUAUUGUCUAACAACGCAGUCAACUUAUAUCUUUGAUUAUUUUAUCAGUUUAAUUGACUUUUCCUUGCGGCAAUUUUCUUCGUAAUCGUGUGAAAAAGGAUUCAUGAAUUAAAUCUACAACGCUUUGUUGAGUAACUUAGCGUUUUAAAAGAUAAGAAGCCACACGCUCUUAAAGUGCUGAUAAAACUAAUGGCUUUAAUGAAACAAUUAAAUUUCGUUUUGUCUUUAAGUUUUCACGUAAAUUAGACGUGCUGAAGUUUGAAGGUAUUGUAAAUCUUCAAAUUUUCUGGGUUGUUCGGUUGAAUAAUUGCUUAAUCUUAGGAUUUGAAAAGUUAAUAAAUACAGUACUGAGUCAGAUUUCGUUUACUUUCGUUCAUGUUUCAAACUUUAACAAUUAUGUAUCUAAUUCACAUUCGAAGUCAAGGAGAAGACUAAAAAAAUUAAUGUAUGGAACAGGGUUCAUAGUGAAAUGUAAUUGCGUUCAAUUUAGUAGUAAGCCUUGUUACUUUAGAAGUUCCCUUAACAAGUUUUAUUACCAUUAAACACUUAGUUCAAUAAUAAUAUUCCACUCCACAGUCAAACAUAAACCAUUGGUAAUGGAUUUGAUCUUAUGGAAAUUUGAUUUGUUAAGCACAGCGUGUUCAAAAGAUAUAUUUAAUACUAACAUUAAAUUAAACACGCGAACAUGCUACAAAAAGAUCUCUUCGUUGCAAAACGUACUGUGACCUUUGUUUAGGACGUUUACCCCAAGAAAUUUUAAUCACAAUUGAGCUCACUUUGAUGUUAAUCUUCAUAAUCAAGUUCGUUUUCAAUUUCCUCUCUUUAGCGAAAUAAGUCACAAAUCAGUUGCCUACAGUUCAUUAACAUCAUGCAAUCUGUGACGGGGCAGCCAAUCACAUUGAAGCAAAGAAAUCAAGCCUUGCUAAUCACAGAAGGAGUUCAGGUGUUGUGUUUAAUUACUGUAACAUUUGCUCUCCCUGAUUGAUUGAAAUAAAUUUGAUAGCCAGUUCAUACAGCUCUCAAACCCGUCAAAGCGCACACAAGGUGAAGAGAUAUAAGCAUUCACCCAACAAUAGUUCCGCAAUUACUCGUCAAGGACAAGAAAGACGACGAAGCCGGUGUAUUGAUCCAACGAUAAAGCACAUCAUGCCAAAAUCAUUUCUAGUUCGAAUGCGUAGAGGACGUACCACAGAAGCAGCAACCCACCGGGAGAUUCAUAGUAAGCAAACGAUUUUUUUUUAUGCAUUUUACUAAGUACCAAAAACAACUUUUAUACAUCAUCUAUAAGUACGCUUUGAAUUAAAAUUAACGAAUUUUUCUUGUUUUGGGGCGUAGUUAAAGGAGUUUUAAUUCGUAACAUUGAGGAGCAUAGUCUGAGUGCAGUCAUUAAUUGCAAAAUUUUCUUGUGAAAAGACAACGAGCGAAGAAAAAAGGAAUGAUUUUGUGAUAAAUGGUUUUGUGAUUUAUGUCGCACGAUACAACAAGCUAUGUCUGGCCUUGUGGAUUUUUUAUAGUUUAAGUAUAUGAGAAAGAAAAAAACUGUAACAUACUAGGUGUCGUAAGCCGAAAGUUACGCAAAAAAAACAAAAAAAGUUAUCAAAAUUGCAACGGGUGGAAGAAACGUCCUCAAAGCACUGGAAAAAAUAUUUAUAAUUAUUUCUAUUUUUUCUAGUCUGUGUUAAUAAUUUAUUGCUUCUCUCGAAAAGUUUUUAUUUCUUUGAAAUUGUCUUUUGUUUGGUUUACACCCGACCGAGGGAACUGAAAAAAUUUGAUUUCCUGAGAAUUAUGAUUUCCUAAAAAAAAUCACAGUUUUUAACGUACACUCUAAAGAUCGUUUGUCUUUAUCCGGAUAUGAGAUUUUGUUCAAUCAAAUGAAUCAAUCCAAGCUUAAGCUAACAAAACAGCAAACAAAGGUGAAAAGUCCUCUUAUUUGUACGACAGUGGCUAACUUCAUAAAGAAAAUUUUGAUUUAGUAUUUGCUCUUACACCGUUGAAAAAGUUCCGGUACUAUUGAAGAUUUUAAUCGGCAGGAGGGCAAUAUAAGCCGAUAUUUACCUGUCAGGUUGACACGAGCUUAAAUUGUAGACUUUUUGCGCUGCCGACCGUGUGAAAACAAUUUUUUUUUUUGCAUUCUGCUUGGACGAAACUGAUUUAAAACGGAUUGAGAGACUACAAAUCGUUGAAUAUACUUUUCGAGAAGUUAAUCUGCUUAAUAAGCUAAGUCCACUGAGUAAAUAGCAUGUGAUUGAAAAGGAAACAAAAGAUUUCCUCACCUGCUUCAUUCAAGCAGCAACCUAGCAUUAAUUCAAAAAUUUCAAUGCUUAUUCCCUUUGAAAUGUUAAGCUCCACGCUUCGGGACAAAGUAUUAGUGAACCAAACACAUUUUCACUUGAACUGAGAAUCAGAAUGCUAGUUGAGGCGUUGUCCUUGAGGACAGCUGAUUCCAGCUUGACCUGUGUAAUGCGAUCCUUUGAUCAAUAAAAAAUAAAACACUACUGAAUCGAGAGCAAGGCGCGUCAACAUUAACAACAACCAUGAUUGAAUUAUAAAAAAAAUCCGACUUUGUACAAAGGUUUUUUUGAAACAUAACGUAGGCAAGAGGAUAUAUUUUCAUAGCAAAAAAGAGUUAGCAGAUUCUCCAACUAGAAAGCACUUUUUUUAAACGGUGAUAAAGCUUCACUUAAUGCCGUUUGAUUGCAAACAGAGAGGCCUCGUGUAAUGUACAGAAUUUUUACCUGUAAAUCUCGGAUCCAGCCGUUUGCUUAAGGCUGGCCAGAUUUGAUCUUUCAGAAAAAAUCUGAAUAUUGAACCUUUCAAACCUUCACCGGAAUUAAGACCAACCCCUGCCAUGCCUGCCUAGACUAAUUUCGUAUUUUCUGAACUCACAGCUCUAGUCCUUUAUCAGACGAACGACAGUGAGGACAUUUUGAAAACGAUCAGCUUUUUAACUUGUUUAAAAAGAAUUAAGAGUAAAAAUGAAUAUAAAAAGGCUAUUAGCAUGAUAACUAAAACUGUUUGGCCCGUGUGAAAAGUAGUUGCCUUUAAGCGAAUCUGUCUAAGCAACAACAGUUGCAUAUUUUUUUUUCAGGCUGUUUAUAUGAUAAGUUGUAAGUUGUUGCCGGACAUCAUCUGUCCUAGUUGUGAAGAUCAAAGUGAUAAGAAAGUUUUGAACUGGACUUUCUUUACGUACAAUAUUCUAUUUAAACCAAAUACGUGAAUAUCUUGCGCGAGAACUGGAACGUCUGAAGUAGUUCUUAAACUACCCUGCAGCACCAGGCCCAGGUCAGAAAAGUUAAUCUACCUCAAAAAUAAUGAUCCAGUAACUGGACAAACUAUUUUUUUAAAAAACUGGACAAACUUUAGCAUAACUAUUCUACUCCUGUGAAAAUGAAAUGGUAAGCAUGUCACGAGCACGGGACAAAGAAAAAAUCUGAGUACGCGACAGGAUUCGAACCUAUGACCUCCCAAACACAGGGCGGGGGCGCUAUCCACUUGAGCUGGCUCCCUCGCACAAAGCAAUGAUAUAAUGUGAUUGAUACAACCCUAAGUACGUGCUAUAAUAAUGCCAUUUUCUCCGGUUAUUGGUUAAGGAAUCGCUUGCCUGCGGAUAAAUUUUGAAAAACUAAGAGAGUAGUUGAGCUGCAAUACUUGAAGACUUAGUGCAGUUAUUGAGCCUCUUAAGUAUAGAGAAGUCGUUGUUAACGUUUCCUACCUUCAUUAUUCCCAUUUUACAUUCACAUUUUGUUAUCCUCACAGCAGCUUUGCAGUUAUAAAGAUAGUACGAAACGGAAGCAUAUAAGCAGCUUGUCUACAAACAAUCUUAACUCUUAGUGCAAAUAUUACUAGAAAUAUUACCUCGUUUGUUGACAUAAAACAUGCACAGAUUAUCCAAACGAUGAAAAAAAAUCAAUCAUACCUGCAACAUUAGUUUUCACAUAAAGCUGAUCUCAAUUUCUUUUCUUAGAUACAAAGCUUCAAGAAAGCAAAGACUUUCCCUUCAGUUUAGCAACAGGAAAAGGUUUCUUGGCAGAGCACAAUGAUUCAAAACUGUUGGACUUUUCCCGUGUUAAAGGCAAGGAGCUUUCUGGACCUAAACUGUCCAUAGAUGUCAGGAAAAUCACGUUCAAUCCGGAAGGUGCGAAAAUUGAUGAAGCUGGAAAUUUGCAAAGUGUAGUUAGUCAGCGGUCCUCCAACAGCCAGGAGACGUUUACAUGCAACACGUGUCAGAAACUAUUUUGCACACCGCAUGGUCUGGAGGUACACGUACGACGUACACACGCCGGAAGCCGUCCGUACGGAUGUGUAACGUGCGGUAAAACCUUCAGUCAUUACGUCAGCCUUGCGCAGCACCGAAAAACCCACUCUUCUGUAAAGAUAUUCGAAUGCCAAACUUGCGGAAAGCAUUUUAAACGCUCGUCAACUCUAUCCACGCACAUGUUGAUUCAUGCUGACAUCAGACCCUUCUCGUGUGAAUACUGUGCGAAAAGAUUUCAUCAGAAGUCAGACAUGAAGAAGCACAUGCUUGUUCAUACUGGCGAAAAACCGCACAAAUGUCGACAUUGCGGCAAGUGCUUCAGUCAGUCUUCAAACCUUAUUACACACAGCCGCAAACAUCUUGGAUUUAAGCCGUUUGCCUGUCAGAAGUGCGGAAGAGCGUUUUAUCGCAAAGUGGACUUAAGAAGGCACAGUCAUGUCCAUCGGGGUGCUUUUUAUAGCAACAAUGACUUUGCAAACUUAUGUUUUGACCAGAAGUUCUUUUUUCCUGUGCAGCCAAAUCAGUGA